AUGACUGAAGAAUUUGGGAAAAGAAAAAAAGUACAAGCCCCUCACAUAAGAGCGCUUGUCCUUGAUGCUACACCAUUAAUCACGAAUUCCUAUACGCAUUAUCAAAAUUAUGCUGAAGAAUUUUAUACUACACCAACUGUUUUUCAUGAAAUCAAAGAUGAACAAGCUAGAAAGAAUUUAGAAAUUUGGAAAGAUUUAGGUGCAUUGAAAUUACUUCAUCCUAAUCAAGUGUCCAUUGAUAAAGUUAGUAAGUUUGCUAAAUUGACUGGUGAUUACUCGGUUUUGAGUGCUAAUGAUAUUCAUAUAUUGGCUUUGACUUAUGAAUUGGAAACUACAUUGAAUAAAGGGGAUUGGAGAUUGAGGAAAAAUCCAGGUGACUCCUUAGAUCAUUUGAAUGAAACUGAAACAACUAAAACAAGUAAGACUAAAAAAAGUAUUGAUUCAGAUAAGAAAAAGAAGUUAUAUCCAACCAUUGCUAAGCCUGUUACGAUUCCAAAAGAAACGAAAAAAGAAGGUGAACAACAACAAGAAGUAGAAAAAGAAGAGAGUGAUUUGGUGAAAAAGAAAAAGAAUCGUAGAAGAGGUGGUAAGAAACAAAAGGCAAAGAGAGAAGCAUUGUUAGCUGCAGCAAACACCACAGAAGGGGACGUACCUUCAAAAGAAGAAGAGGAAGAAAAGAAAGACAACAUUGAAACAGUUAAUGAAGGCGUGGCCGUCGAAGAUACAAUUACCGAAACUCAUGAAAAAGAAAUACAAGGAGAGGAAGAAGAAGAUAAGGAUAGUGCUAGUUCCAAGGAUUUAACGGAAGAAUUCUCAGAGGCAGAUGACGACGGAGAUUGGAUUACUCCAGAAAAUUUAACUGAGACAAUAAUAAAAGAUAGUGGAGAGGAUACUACUGGAUCACAAGGUGUUGAAGCCAUUGAUACUGACCUAAAUGUUGCAUUAACUUUACCAAAGAAUCAAGUGGCUUUAGCGACAGGUGAUUUUGCAGUGCAAAAUGUUGCAUUACAAAUGAAUUUAAAUUUGAUGAAUUUCAUGUCCGGUUUAAGAAUUAAAAGGCUUCGUAAUUAUAUGUUAAGAUGCCACGCAUGUUUCAAACUAUUCCCAGCAUCUAAAGAUGGUAAAGUGAAACAUUUCUGUCCAUCAUGUGGUGGUCAAGGAACUUUAUUAAGGUGUGCUGUGUCUGUUGAUUCUGAGACUGGUAAGAUUACACCACAUUUGAAAGCUAAUUUCCAAUGGAAUAAUAGAGGGAAUAGAUACUCUAUGGCAAGCCCUCUAUCAAAGAAUUCUCAAAAAAGAUAUGGUAAGAAGGGCUAUGAUCACACUAAACAAAAUCUACAACAGCAAAAGCAAGGUUCAAAUUUAUUGAGAGAAGAUCAAAGAGAAUAUGAACAAGUGAUGAAGCAAGAAGACUGGACAAGAAGGCAUAAUGAAAAAGUGCUAAAUAAUUGGAUUGGAGGUGGAUCCGCUGAUAAUUAUAUUUCACCCUUUGCUAUUUCUGGUCUGAAGCAGCAUUCUGUGCGUGUUGGUAAAGGUAGAUAUGCCAACAGUAGUAAAAGGAAAUAA